AUGACCCGAGAGACAUCUACAGAACCACCAAAGCCAUCCAAGCGGAAGGGUACUCGCAGCGUGUCGACACUCACGCCCACGCAACUUGCCCGGAAACGGGCCAAUGACCGGGAAGCCCAGCGCGCAAUCAGGCAACGCACAAAAGAGCACAUCGAGCGGCUGGAGAAGGAGUUGGAAGAGUACAAGAACCGACAUAGCCGGGACGAGACCAUCAGCCAGCUCCAGAUGAGGAACCAUGCGCUGGAGAGAGAGGUGUUCAGUUUGCGCGAAGAACUCAAACGCUUCAAUCAUAAUAUGUUUUCACCACCCGGUAUAUCCCAGCCAUCAGCUCUUGCCUGUCCAUUUCGAGCUUCCAUUCUAACCACACCAGCCCCAGGCUUUGAGGCACCCGAUCUGCUACCCGCCGGUCACGCCGGCAUUCCUAGCCGGCCUCCGCCAUUUGGGCAACCAUCCAACGACUACAACUCGGCGCCGCAGACCUUCACAUUUGUGCCCACGACAGAGGAACAAUGGCCCUCUGGGGUGUCAGUAUCUUCGGUUCCAGUGUCCUCCGUCUCGGUUCCCUCGGUCGUUUCCAGCCCUUGCUCUUCCCCGAGCCACCCCGACGAAGCCUUCAUCCCGGCCUAUAUCCCGACCAGCAUGCCGACCAUGAUGGAAGGGAAUGUGAUCACGCCCACUUCUAUGCCUUGCAUGGAUGCUGCCGCUACGAAACUGGAGUUUGAACAACGAGAUAUUGAUCCAGGUACAACGACCAGCCGUGGGGCCGAUCAAAUUCCAGAAUCAUGGCCAAACGCUAACAGUAAGGUGUCAUCAGCAGCAGACCAUGGCUAUCCUAAUCCCAAUGUAUCGCAGCCAGCUGCAGGAUACAUCACACCUCAACCGUGGUCCGCGACGAUGUAUCCUUCUUACUACCAGCCGCAGCCACAUGGACUGCCACAGGCUGCUGGUCUAUGAAUGGCUCUCACGGUGACCGGAUCACCCAAGAAGACCUUUAUCACCCACUUUACGCCACUCAUCACUUGCCGCCACCUGCAGCAGUGGACAAACCUUCGUUCCUUAAUCGGCCCCAAGCACGUCAACGCUCCCGGGAUUGGGUGAAAACACCCAGACGAUGCACAAUCUGGCAGCGAUAUCUGACAUGGCCACAUACUGCCGGUUGAUAUGUGGGCCACCCUGUCACGCCAGCAGCGGGUGAAAUAUCGGGCGACAGCGAUCGCCCCCAGAAGGGGAAAACAGGGCCGUCUCAGC